AGAAGAGCAGGGCCUAUGAUGCGCACCCUCCUUCAACAUGAAGGCACUCAGGGCAGUUUCUGCCUUUGAUUUUAAAGAAUAAGCCUUGUUAUUUCUACAAGUGCUGAAUCCAUUACCUGGACUAAAGUAGAUGCGACACCGAAACAAUAUAUUGGUCCUGCAGAAUGUCCAAGAUCAGGCGGAAGGUAACAGUGGAGAAUUCAAAAACCAUAUCUGAUAGCAGCAGCACCACCACCACCAGCAGCACCAGCAACCCCGCCGCCCCCUCCCGCCGGCCCAGUGUGUUUGAGAGACUCGGCCCCAGCACUGGGAGUAAUGCUGCUGAUAGUCACUGUAGAAAUUGGCUGAAGACCGGUAAUUGCAGUUACGGCAACACUUGUCGCUACACACAUGGAACUCAGCCGAGAGGCAAAGGAUUUAGCUUUAGUCGGUCAGCCGAGAGACCCACAGGUGAUCUGCGGGAGAGGAUGAAGAAUAAAAGACAGGAUGUUGACCCAGAAAACUUGAAGCGAGAUCCAGACGAGCCCACAUCCCCCACAGCGAGAAAGAGAGACUCCUCCAGAGGCCGACACAGGGAAAAGGAGGAUAUAAAGAUCACAAAGGAGCGCACCCCAGCCAGCGAAGAAGAGCCCACAGAGUGGGAAACCAAUCGUGAAGAUUCUGACAUCGGCGACUACGACUACGAGUUAUCCCUAGAGAUGAAGCGCCAGAAGAUUCAACGCGAGCUAAUGAUAUUAGAGCAGGAGAACUUGGACAAGAGGGAAGAGAUUGUCAUUAAGAAAGAGGAGACCCCGACCAAAACAAGAGCCGCCGCUGCCCUGCCCAAGGCGUCCCCAGAGCCGCUGAGCAUAAAAGAUUCACCGCCAUCAAGGAAGUCCAGCAGAUCCCCAAAACACAAAAGUGGAACAAAAGGCCAAGGCUCUGGGAAGAAAGAGAAGAAGGCCUCAGUGUCCUCACCUGUUUCAGAAUCUACCAGGCCUUCAAAAGGGAGCCACAGCAAGAAGAAAGGACCCCGUACCCCCAGUCCUCCUCCCCCGGUCCCUCUGGACAUUCCUGUGAUGGGGAAGAAACACAAAGGCAAGCACAAAAACAAAGAGAAGUCUGAGGAGAAGCAGAAGGAAGCGAAAGACCGAGGAAGAGAUACAGAAAAACACAAGGAGAAGAAGGAAAAACGCAGGGAUCGAUCAGACAGUUCCCACAAGGCCAAGCGGUCAGUGACCUCAGAGGAGCGCUCUGGAAGUGUGUCAUCGCCCUCUCGGUGCCCUUCACCCCCGGCCAGGAAGAAGUCCACCUCUCCUAAAGCCUCGUCCCAUAAGACCCCCGCCCUGGCCUCGCCUCCUCGCAGGUCUCCUUCUCCUCCACGCCACCAGCGCACCCCGACUCCUCCGCGCCACCACUCCCCCUCCUCCCACUCAGGUUCCUCUGCUCAGCGACACUCUUCAUCUCCUCGUCGGCGCCGCUCUUCCUCUCCCUCGUACCACCGGAGCACGGCGGCCCCGACCUCCGCCUCCUCCCCUCCCAGCUCCCGGCGCUCCCGAUCACCGCCCGCCUCCCACGACGCCUCCUCGCCCCACCGCCGGUCCGACCGAUCCAGCCCCAGCCAGCGCCACUCCAGGGGCCGCGAGCGGAGCCGCGGUGAAAGAGAGAGGAGUCCGCCCGCACAGGAGCGCAGACAUGAACGCAGAGAUGAAAGCCGCAGCAAGCGAGACAAGGACAGCCUUCGCGACGACCGGGACUACGACUCCGAACAGGUCUCAUCACGGGACGCUCGCGAAGACCGGGAGGCCAGAGAGGCCCGAGAGCGCCGGGACGCCCGCGAGCGAGGAAGGGAACCCACCCGAGACUCCCGGGACCACCGGGACAACAGGGACGUCAAGGACUCCAGGGACAGCAGGACCGACACCCGAUCCAGCCGAGAGUCGCUGGAGCGCCGCGAACGGGAACGAGAGAGGGAGCGGGAGAAGGAGAGGGACAGGGAGCGGGAGAAGGAGAGAGAGAGGGAGAGGACCGACGCCCACAGGAAGGAGGAGCCGCCUCAGGAGGACAGGAGUUAUGGGAGAGGACACGGGCGCGAAGAUGGAGGGAGAGGUGAAGGAAGGGCGGAGAACAGGACGGACAGAGCUGAGAGGAACGGACGAGGGAGAGGGCGAGCCAAUGAAGCAUCUGAUAAAGGCUCAAACAGAAACUCCCGUGGUUCCCAACUAGAAAGCAGCUACGACAACUGGGAGUCCCGGAGCAGCACGGUGCGUGAGCGGAGCCCAGAGAGGAGCACAGACCGCAGCGCCACAGAAAGGAGCUCUGAAAGAGGUUCAGACCGAGAUCGCUACGAGGGAGACAGGAGAGGAGAGCAGGCCCGGGACUCCUCAUACGACCGGAGAGGAGGCCAUGCAGAGCGGGAUCGCAGAGACACCCGGGACAGAGAUCAAAGAGCAGCGUCCCCAAAUAGACACCAGGGGAGAUCAGAGGACUCUGAGAGGGACGAGAGGAGGGACGAGCGCAGGACAGACCGAGCAGAAGACAGACGAGACGACAGGACCCGCGACCGUGAGCGAGAGAGAGACAGGGAGAGGGACAGGGAGCGGGAGAGAGAGAGGGAGAAAGAGAAGGACAGGGAGCGAGAGAGGGAGAGGGAAAAGGAGCGAGAAAAGGAGGCGGAGAGGGAGCGGGCCAGGGAGAGGGAGCGGGAACGAGAGCGCGAGAGAGAGCGGGAGAGGGAGAGGGAACGGGAGAGAGAGAGGGAGGAACGGGAGAGAGAGAGGGAGAGGAAGGAGCGAGAGAGGGAGAGAGAGAGGGAGCAGCGGGAGCGGGAGAGGCAGCGGGAGUGGGAGGAGCGAGAGAGGGGGAGAGAGGAAAGGAGGGAGAGGAGAGAUGACAGCAGGGACGACCGAUCGGUGAGAAACACCCGGGACGACCGCAAGACAAGCCGUAAGAGGCCCCGGGUAGAGAGCAGCCCGAGCCCCCGGGCCUCGCCAAAGCGUGCAACUCGGGACUUCAGCCCUGCAGACAGCGACGGCUACAACAGUGUGGAAGAGAAAAGUGAGCGUCCGAUUGGCCGAGGGCAGGCCAAGCUCCACCCACAGCCCCUCCUCCCCAGCCCCGUGUGUCCACCUCCAUUGGAUAGUGCAGACAAAAAUCGAUUGCUGAGCCAGGUGGUGCGGCCCCAGGAGCCCUUGUUGCGUUCUCCACCACGGGCCCCGCCGUCUGAUGAGAAGCCCAGCCACUGGAAGGAAGAGGAGCGCCGAGGAGCCGUGGACAAAAGAGAAGCACGCAGCCGCCACGAUGACCUGGAGCCUCGUGUGGAGCGAAGCAGAGCGGAGGCCAGACGAGGAGAGCACCUCGCAGACGCCCCGUCUGACUCCCGGAGCAGAGGCCGAGACCAGCGAGAGGCCACGCCGCCGCCGCCGCCUCCUCCUCCUCCGGCCCUCGCCACCAGCAGCGAAGACAGAGCUGGCUCGCAGUCCCACGAGGAGGGCAAGAAGAAGACCAAGUCGCAGAGGAAGGGCGUGAAGAAGGGUCGCAAGGAAGAAGACGUCGGCAGUGGCAACAACCUGGCCGGAGCAGGAGAUCGUUUCAACCCCGAGCCCCCAAUCAGCGCUCCGACAGACGCUCCUCCACCCAUACACUCGCCUAGGAAAGGAGCCAAGAAAAAGGCGCUUGACAGAAAGAGAAAACGCUCACGAGAAGGAGAAUCCGAUGUGUCUGAUGAGGAUUCUUCUGCCCCUCAGCCAAACACCAAAAGGAAGAGGGGUCCCCGGACGCCACCGCCCUCAAUGAGACCUGAUCACCGCAGCACUGGGAGCAACAGAGAGCCGUCUCCUCUGUCCAAAAUGGACAAUUUCAGUGACUGGUCAGACGAGGAGGUGACAGACCGAGGAGUACCACUUGAAACACAAGCUCCAGUGGUUCCUGUUGAGCCUCUGAAGAGAGGCGGUGGGCCCAGAAUGGGCAGAGACAGAGAGCGGUGCAACCCUCCCCCCAUCGCCCCCCUGCUCCCCCAGGACACGCCCAUGCUGCUGCCCACUCUGACCCCGCAGCCCCUCAUGUCCCAGCCGCUGCUCCGCAAACUCCCCCCGGAGCAGACGCGCAGCAGCAGCAUGGGCAGCAACCAGAGCCGCACCUCAUCCAGGCGCCUGCGCUCGCCUUCCAACGACUCAGCCCACCGAGACGACCCGCAAGGUCAGCGACCGCGCCGGGGCCGGCUGCAGGGCGCCAACUCUCGGGACCGAGAGAGAGAAAGAGAACGAGAAAGGGAGCGGGAGAGAGAGAGGCCGGUGGUGAGUGACCCUCCAGGGGCCGAGAGGAAGUCUCGGAUCGACCAGCUGAGGAGGGGAGAGCCCAGCCGCAGCACCUCUUCAGACCGGCAGGAUUCCCGCAGCCACAGCUCCAGGCGCAGCUCUCCUGACUCCGAGAGGCAGGCCAGGUCCAGGUCCCGCGCAGGCUCCUAUGACAGCAGAGAGCGGGAGAGAGAGAGGGAGCCGUUUGAGCGGGAACGAGAUCGAAAGGAGCUCCUGCCUCAGCCGCCGCCGCAGCAGCAGCAGCAGCCCCGGCUCCUCCAGCAGCCGCUACAACAACAGAGAGACUGGGAGCCCGAACCCAGGGACUGGCCCGGCAGGGGACGGGAGCCGCUGCUGAUGCGUCCCGGCCGGGAACCUCUCCUCAGGGAGCGGGAUAUCCGAGACAGGGAACGCCUCCUUCCUGAAGGACUCAUCCAGCAGCACGAACGGGAGCGGGAAAGAGAGCGCGAGAGGGAGCGGGAGAGAGACGGGAGAGGCGACAGAGCCGGCGAUCGAGAGAGGGAGAGGAUGAUGAUUAUGGACCUGCCGCCUCACGUGGACCCCAGGGCCCCGGGACGAGGAGAGCUGAGGGGGGACAUGAGAGGAGACCUGCGAGGGGAGAUGAUGAGACAGGAGAGGGGCGACUACGAGCCUCUGCUGCCAAGAGAAGCCUUCAGCCCUCCGGAGCCGGAGAAACCCAGCAACAGUCACCACCUGGUGGGAGAGCAGCGGGAGCUGGAGAAGACGGACAGCAUCGACGGAGACGACGAUGGGAAAGAAGACGACGGCCAGUCGGUCGCAUCAGUUGGAGAGGAGUACGAACCGAUCAGUGAUGACGAGCUGGAUGAAAUUCUAGCUGACAGCCAGAAAAAAGAGGAUCAACAAGAUGAGGAGAAAAUUACAGGUCCUCUGGAUGUCAUUGAUGUGGAUUGGUCGAGCCUGAUGCCCAAACAGAAGCAGGAGCCGCGGGCAGCAGGGGCGGCGUUGCUCCGGUUCACCCCAGGGGCUGUGCUGCUCCGGGCGGGCAUCUCCAAGCGACUUGCUGGGCCGGAGCUCCUGGAGCAAGUCAGAGAGGUGUGCAAGUCGGAGCUGGAUGACCCUAAAGAUGCCGACAAGCUGUUUGAGCACGACCUGGGGGCUCUGAACAUGGCGGCCCUGAACCGGCGGGUGGAGAGGGCGGGUUUACUGAGGAACCUCGGGCCCUGCUGCAAGGCCCUGUGUGCCCGCAGGGACUUCGCCAUCCGUCGGCAGCUUUUAAAAAAUGAAAAGGGGCUAACCAAGCAGUACCCCACUACUCCCGUGGUAGACACCGAGCUGCUGCAGAUGAGCAUGCGCCUCUUCAGAAGGACCAUGACCGGCCAGGCCUCGGCGCCGGAGAAACCUGACGGCGGGUCAGCAGCGGCAGCCGACGCCGCUCCAGCUGGUGGUAGUAAGCUCAGCACGGCACAGCCUGAGGUGUGUGUGUCCUGAGAGAUGGGUUUAAUGAGUCACAUGAAAGUGAAACUGUUCUAACUCUCCCCGACUCUGUCCCGUUUAUUUCAUACGUAGCCUUUUUAGUCCUGAGAGGAAAUAAAGGAAAAAAUUGUGAAUCUUACUCAUGCUUUACAUGUUUUGGAUGCAAGUGCUGUGCCAUAGACUACUGGACAUUCUAGCCUAUGGAGGUGUGUCAUGAACCAUAUAUGAGAAGCAUAAAAACACACCUGAAAUGACUUCAUGUUUUUUUGUGCAUUACAUUGUUUUAGAGCAGCUUUUUAAUUGUCAGUCUGUUUGUUUUCGUAUAUUGUGCAUUGGUUACUACAACUGCGCAUUAAAAUGGUUAGAUGUCGAUUUUUGUAACUGGUCUUUUGCUUUGUAUGAAGUGACUGUUCGGCCUUCAGAUAAUGUGACACUUCAUGUUUUUUGUUUACAUCAUAUAACAACAUAUCUGCAGAGCGUUACAGAUCAACAACACUGAAACAUCCUGCAGGGACUUGAAUGAAUAAGCACUGCCAAACUAUUCCACCAUUGAAUGUCGUUUGUUAUAACUGUUAGAGACAUUAUUGCUUUUUGCUUGAUGUAUUUGUUUUUGAAUGGUUUGGCAAUGUCUACCUGAAGUGAACUGAAGUAUAGACUGCAGAGUACCAGAUCUCCAACACUGCCAUGUGGAAGUGCACCAGCCCACACCAUCCUAAAAGGAACCAAUAGGAAAAGACACUAGACUGCUUAGAUUCUUUUUUUUUUUAAUGACUGAAAGGAUCAAUAAUUUGAACUUCACAUCACAUUUCUGUGUUUCAGUGGUUGACCAUCCAGAGUCACAAUAAAAAGACUUGUACAGGUGGAUAAACUCCGGGAUGUGUUAGUCUUAGUUCGACAGGUUGUGCAUGCUGUGAGUGCUUGGACACAAAUUCAACGGACAAAGCUGCUUCAGUGUUGCACUGACCAGCUUAAAGAACAUAAUAAUGGAAAUAGAGCCUGGGAUUUGACAUGACGCCUCCUCCCGGCCAUGCAACUGUGACUUGAAAUCUGAGUGACAUUAUAGACACGGGCUCUUUUAGUCUGACCACAUCUUCGUGGUGUCGGAAAACACUUUUCCUAUUACAUAUUUAUUUUGUCUAAGGUUCAAGGUCGUUUUUUUGAGAUGUGCAAGUAAUAUCUGGUUAACGCUGUAUUUUUUUACUGUAAAAUAAAUGUAGAAUGAUAUUUUUA